AUGUUGGGGAAAAAGCCGGUGACAGCACAGAAACGAGGGGAGACCAGAGCACUCUGCCUGGGCUUAGGAAUGGUAGCAUGCUCAGUGAUAAUGUAUUUCUUUAUCGGAAUCACCAUUGUACCCUUAUACAAUAAAAGGUAACUAGACUUCUUGAGCAGGCAUGUAUGUGGUUUCCUCCUUCAGCAUUCGGGACUAUCCCAACAUGUGGAAUGCAUUCUGGGUCUCAGUGUCACAGCCUGGUCCAGUCCAUUUGGAAUAUUAAAUUUUGUGAUCUAGGCCUGAUUUAAACAUUGACAGUAAUAAAAUUUGCAGUCUUGAAGAUUGAGCCAGUGCUUCUCUCCACGUGAAACAAUGUAUGUUGUGUGUGGAACAUGCCACACAAAGACGAGCACUCUGCAAUUUCCAUUAUUCUUUCCUCUGAAAUUGAGGAAGAGAAACCACACAAACAUGUUUCCAAAUGUCCAUAUCACACACUUCUUGUUGCGGAAGCGAACAAUGUGUUCCCCACAAAUGCAUGGCUGGCUGAAUUAAGUACAUCAGCCUAACCAUAGAUAAUUCUGGACAUUAAUGUGUUCUAAGAACGGAAAUUCUAUUUCACUUAGGAAGCACUUAAGGCAGAAUGUUCAUUAACUAUCCAUUCAUAACAGACCUUCAUUGCUAAAUAUGCCUAAUCAAAUUUCUGUCUACAGAGUUAACUUGGAAUUGCUUAAAUGGCAGGCGCUUUAGCUUCUGGAGCAAGGAAAUACGCUUAUCCUUGCUGUCAUGGCUCAGAUCAGAACCGUCAUGGUGUUCCCCAUUGUGACAGUGAUAACGUUUCAAGCUGGCCACAGUUAACUAACAAAUAGUGGGCACAGCCAGUGAGGUGAACUGUGCAUAUUUUGAGAAAGGAAUUAGCUUAUCUUAAAUUUACCCUGGCACUGUCAUUUCAUAUACCAUGCACACCCACCCUCUUUUUCAAACAGUAAAGCUAUUUGUGCAAAUUCCACCAGAACUUAGAGUAGCAUCUGUUUUGGGGAGGUAAGGGAAUACUGCUAUAAUAAAAACUUUAUUUAACAACAGCCAGAUUUUAGGAGGGGAGGGCAGAGGAGACUAAUACCAGAAACCAAACAAUCAGGGAUGAAUGUAUGUAUAUUAGAUUUUUCCAACUCUGCCAGUAACAUAUGGUUAUAAAAAGGCAAGUUGGGAUGCAAGUGAUAUUGUGGUAUACACCACCGAGCCUCUUGGGCUUGCCGAUCAGAAGGUUGGCAGUUCGAAUCCACAGGAUGGAGUGAGCUCCCGUUGAUCUGCCCUAGCUUCUGCCAACCUAGCAAUUCAAAAGCACACCAGUGCAAGUAGAUAAAUAGGUACCGCUGCAACAGGAAGGUAUAUGGUGUUUCUGUGCGCUCUGGCAAUCAUCAUGGUGUCCAGAAGCAGUUUAGUUAUGCUGGCCACAUGACCUGGAAAGCUGUCUGUGGACAAACUCAGGCUCCCUCAGCCUGCAAAGUGAGAUGAGCGCUGCACCCCAUAGUCGCCGUUCAUUGGACUUAACUGUCUGGGGGUCCUUUACCUUUACCUUUGUUUUAGCAGAAGGCAGCAAAGAAAUGUGCAGCAACCACAUUUGUUAAGGGGUAUUUCCUCCCCAUACUCUUUUCUCAAUGCCUGCCCACGAGCCCCAAGAUAACCCCUUGCAUUUGCACCUUGACAAACCUUUGCAUCCUCUAUGUAUGUGAGGCGUAUGUACAUGAGGUGUAGCUAGUAGCAUUUUCAUUGUUCAGCUUCUGCCAUAUGCUAGAGACACACCUCUUUACCUUGGGCUCUUGACAGUUAAGGUGUUUCAUUUUCUGGGACCCAUCUUUUUGACUGAAUUUAUAUUCUGUUCCACCUGGAACAGUUUUAUGUAUAUUCUCAUUGUAAUGGUUUUAUUUGUUUUCUAAUCGUAUAUUCUAUUGCUGCAACCUGCCCUGGAGCCAUAUAGUGAAGGCCAGACAAGAAACCUUAUUUAAAUAAAUAAAUGUAAGAUAUAGACUACUCCCAGUUUGUUAUCAGUUGACAACAGUCAUAUAUAGAAUUGAGGAUGCAAAGGUUCAUUAACAGGCACCUGAAUAUCAUACACCACAAUUUACACACUGCUGUAACACAGUUGUAAAUUGAACCUCGUCUCAAAAGUAGUUGUAUUGAAUGAAGAUAAUUUCUAUAUUUCAAAAUAUAAUUUAUUAGAUAAAUCAGUGGUUCACAAAGGGUGUGGUGCGCUAUACUGGUGUGGCAGGAGAGGAUGGCAAGUGAGGCAGGAAGAUUCAAGGACAAUAUAAAAAAAAUGAAAUAUUAUAGUAGCAAAAUAAUAUUUUUUUAUAUACAGCCAUGCCUCUCUUCAAGAGCACUGGCUAUUCUUCUACAGUCCUCCAUGACAUAUUAUUGUGAACAGGGAUUUUCAACUCUGACAAAUAUGAAAGAACAGAAAAGAAGAAAGACUUCUUUGUGUUUAUGAGGAUAUGAGAUUUUGUCUCAAAUCAGACCUAAUAUAAAUAAGAUUGCCCGGCAAAAGCAAGCUCACAUGUCUCACUGAGUUUGUAUACAUACUUAAGAUACAUAUUUAAAAUGCCUGCUUAUAAUUAUAUUUUGGUAAUGAUCCAUGUUCUCAUGCAGCUGCAUUGUUUUAUAUUUUCUGGAUGUCCCAUGAUCAUAUUAUAAAGUUGCUGUGUUCUAUGUUAUAAAUCAAGCACUGCUAGAAGUUGUUUAUUUUCCCCCAAUGUAUUUUUUAUCAAUUAAAAAUUCGGUGUGGCAUGAGGAAAUUUUUAUUCUGAAACUGUGGCCCAGAGAAAAAAAGCUUGAGAAUCACUGAGAAAAAUGUCUAAAUUACAUACUUUGCCAUAGAAUUCAUCAACAUAAUUCAUUAAACUUCAGUUUCUUAACAAUACCGCUUGCUGCAUAAUUUGAAAAAGUGACAUUUUAAAAUAUUUGCCGGAGUUCAGCCUGAAAUGCUAUGGAAAUAAAUGAAGUAGUUGAAUAUUUAAGUAGUACUGGGCUGAAGUACAUGGCUAUAACUCUGGAAAGCUGUGAUAUGUGGUACUGCAUUUAAAAGCAGGAGGGGGGUCUUAUUUGUUUUUACAGUGUCUGGACCAAUAAAGGUAUAUGUGAACUGAAAAAUGCCAGCAUCAAGGAACAGCAGCACUGUUCAUUCAAUGAUGGCUCCAGUGAUGAAAAUAAGUUUCAAUAUCCUUGUCUGCACAUCAUGGUCAAUUUGACACCUGUCGGGCAGGUGGUAAAGCUUUAUCACCAGGAGGAGACCGUGUUCAGAAACCCCAAGGUUUGAGUUAUAUUCAUAAGAAAUCUUGAUACUAAAUCUACAUACCAAUGUCAAAAUCCAGAUAUUCUCCAAUGCACAUAUAGAUAACAUAAGCAUAAUGCCAUUGCUCCUGGUCACACAGAAGUAAAAGAUUUCCCCAAGGAAAUCUGACUCUGAUACAGUUUCCUAACCCUGAGCCAGGUGACGCUAGAUGUGAGAUGUAAACAGAUUCAAACAAAAAUUUAUCUAUCCCUGCUUCCGCAGGCAAAAAGUAGCAUUUUGGCCAAGAGCCUCUCUUCUACCACAUUAUACAAUCCUUUAAUUAUGCAGAAUUUAUAAACUAUGGUCAGGGAUGGCAAAAUCUGCCAUAUCCCAAGGCUACGCUGGACAAUCCACAUGCAUUACUUGCUCACUCAAUGUGUGUGUGUGUGUGUGUGUGUGUGUGUGUGUGUGUGUGUGUAGCCUAAAUGACAAUUGUGCUGAUUCUGAAGAUAUGUGGCCAGUACGUUUUUUCUUUAAAAAAAAAAAAUGUUUAGAGGUACUCUCAUUUUGACUCAAGAAAAUCACCAUUUUAUACUUCAAAUCAGGAAAAAUAAAUACAGUAAAUGGACAAAAGUACAAAGAUUCACAAAAUGUUUAGGAGUAUGCGUACCUCUGCGUCUCUCCCAGAAAAAAAGCACUGUAUGUGGCCAAUACAUUGGUCCAGAGGCUUUUAAACAUUACAUUGGCUGCAUGGAUUGCCUGCAUGCUUCUGGCCAUAGCCACUAUUAUAGGGAUGAGAGAGAAAUUCUCUGCAGUUCACAUUUAAAGGUGAACCUACCUAAUUUGCACUUUCAGAAAUAAAAGAUAAUCCGAAAAACAGCCAUCUUUAAAAAUUUGUACUUUUCCAAAAUUCGCAGUGCAUUUCUCCAGCCAAGUAAUGUACACAAAAUACUGGGGUAUAGUGACCAUUAAAUGCAUAUAUUACUGAAAGCAACUUACAAAAAAUGCAUUAUUUUAGGGCAAAUUGCAUACAUUUUUUUAAAUUGUACUGUAAAUUACUUUGAGAUAUCUCAUAGCACACAAUUCAUAAAAUAGCAGUGCAAACAUGUAUAUCUUAACAAAAAUUCUCAUUAGAGGACUGCUAAAUUGUCAUGAGGAAUUGCAAACUGAUGCUGAAAAACAGAGAUAUGAUCUUAAGCCUGCAAAGAUGAGAAACAGAUAAAUGGAAAUUGAUAGAUUUGCCCAUUCGGACCCCUGGGUCAGAUUUGUCUCCAGCUUUGGAAGUUUCAUAUUCCUGAAUACUUUCACUUGGAAUGGAAAUCAAAUAUCAGAAUCAAUCUGCAGUUCUUGCAGAGAUAUUGGUCUAAAAUUCAACAAGACAUUAAAAAAAUACUAAAAUAACAACAACCACCAUUUAAAAACAUUUUGGCUUUUUGUAAUUGUGCAGUGAAUGUUUAAAUAAUUCAUUCACACAUGAAUUAUGGAUAAUUAAAAACACAUAUCUGACCCAUGUCAGAAAAAAACCUGAUAUAACUCCUAAAUCAUAGGACCUAAGAAGCGGAGUGUGGGGGGGUAUUUUUUGCUCUUAAAAACAAAGCAUUACUGACAUUCUAAAACUCACAAUUCCUGUUGGAAUCAAAUGGACCCCAUCUGAAAGGUUCUCAGAGUGUCAGAAUAGCAAAGCAAAACUGAAGAAAAUUGCUCAUUCCUACAAUAUAUCCAAACAACUUCAGUUUGAGUCAUAUAAGAGAAGCCAUAAAACCUUUUCCAAAUAGGGAAUUACUAUUUUAAACAGAAUUAUUUUGUACAUUCACUUGUUUGCUUUUAGCUGCAUUUGUUAUUAGUUUCAGUGUCUUACAGUAAUUCAUAGUCUAGCAGGAAAUAAUCCUAUUUACAUUGCAUAUCUAAAAUUCCCUAGACAAAUUAACAAUAUGGGAAAUUUCCCUAAUGGAAAGCUCAACUUGUGCUUCAAGGCCAUCAAUAGUUGCUCACGAAUUUUGUCUCAGGCACACAAGGACAUUUAGAAAGAAAUAUGAUUGCACAGAAAUACUUGCUCAUAUUAGAAUUACAUCUUUGAAGUAAGUGAUUUAUAGUUCUCUAUUACAUUGUUGGUGCUGUUGGUUCUACUUUUCAGUUUAACAUACAGGAGAGAGCUUUUUUUAAUAUAUACAUAAAAUAAAAUGCUACAGUGAGCAGUUAAUUGAUCUUAAAUUGUGCGGCUAAACUAGAAGUGCUAUAUAUUUCUCCAUUUCUAAUAUAUAAUCAAGAAAAAUUAGAUAAAUUGUAAAUUUCUUAUUAUAAUAAAAUUUCUGAUUGUCUUACACAAGGAAACAGGUUUGCUCCAACUGUCAAAAGUUUCAUAAUUCUUCCUCCCCUUCUAUGUGACUGAGCUCUGUUAGUAGGGGUGGGUAACAUGGAAGGGCAGUGCCACAGAGCUACUGUCCCAACAGCAGGGCAAUGGUGAGGUUAGGUCUAUGGGAGAACUAUCCAGGUAAGCAGCAGUGAUGCCACUCUCAGUAGGGUGGCCUAUGCCAACACCCACCCAUACUAGUUACUCUUGUCUAAUAGUCAUUUAUUUUGUAUUUCCCCCCAAGUCCUCAAAACAUUUCACAAGGAUUUAAUAAUCCUUACAAUAACGCUGAAAUGUAGGCCAUUGUUAUAACUCCCAGCAGAUCAUUCUGUUCUCAGAUACUCUGUAUUAGACAUCAAUAAAGGGGUAAAUUCUGUGUAUUUAACUAUGGUGAAAUACUGAAAGUGCAAUCCAGAGAGUCCUUGAUACACUUUUGCACUACAAAAUGUGGUGGUUAUGAUUCUCAGUGACACCUUCUUUCACACACCUAUCCUAAAGGCAUCACUGGCUGCCUUUGAUGUCAAGCAGAGUUAAGUUUUUGUUGCUACCUUAUAAGGCACUGAACAGUUUAGGACCAGGUUGUCCAAGAGAGCAGCUCCUUCCAUAGAAUCCAGCCCAUUGCCUGAGAUCAGGGGACACCAACCCUUCCACUUCGUUUCAAAAGAGCUUAGGUAAAAUUCUGAGGGAAGCUUUUGGAAGUUCACCUCUCUAUAUACAAAAGUAAUGAUAAUACAUAUAUUAAUGAUCUAGUUAACAGCUGGCACUUAUUGCCAGAAAGCAAUAUUGGUAAGCAUACUGCUUUUCCUGUUACUGAGUAAUUAUGAUUAACUGGUUUCCUGGGGUUUGUUUUGUUUCUGCAGUGCUCCUACAUCCCCCCGACUCUGAAGAAUUAUACUGCAGUGCAAGAGAAUGUAGAAAAAGUAAGACAAAAUUUCACAGAAGCCAAGGUGUUUUAUUGUUAUUAUGACCCAUCAGGACAAGAAGCCACGGUCCUUUUAUACAGACAAUAUCUUCCAGAGUUCCUUUUGUUCACUUUUGUCUGGCCAAGUCUAAUGUUGAUUGGUGGAGUCCUGAUUAUUGUCCUGGUGAAAAUAAGUCAGUAUUUUUCUAUACUCUUAGCUCCACAGUACAGAACAGGUAUAUAG